GGUAAAUGCUACGGUUUAAGACUACACUCACGCUUUUCACCCGUGGAGCGUCGCGUUUUGCGGGCCACCGCAAAGAAUUCAUGGCUGCUUUUCGAGAGUUACCAACAACACCGAGUGGCAGGAAUCCUUAUGAUGUGUUGGAAAUUGAUGUUACUCCAUCCACUUCCCUAGAAGAUGUCUCUAAGCAGUUUCGAAGCUUAGUCGUUAAAUAUCACCCUGAUAAACCUGGUGGCAGCACUGAAAAAAUGUCCGAGAUCAACUUAGCCUACACGAUUGUCAAGGAAAACCAUGAUAAGGUUCUUUCAAAAAUGGCUGAAGUGGAAAGUAGCAUUAAGGCAAAUUCUGUUUACCGCCAGCAUAAGCACGAGCGAGCCAUCCGAGAUGAAGAGCUGCGUCGCUCUGGGGGGGUUCAUCGACGCAAUAGCAGAGCUGCGCAGCAGCCUUCAUACGGCCGAACUCGCUCAUUAAAAGAGAUUGAGCUGCAAUGGGAAAAAUACCGGGAAGAGACUGAAGUGUCUAUGAAGAGUAUGUGCAAACGCUACGAGAUCGCUAUCGAAAUGGGCAAGUUUCUCAGGCAAUCAGCCAAUUUAAAUGAGAUUAGUGCGCGUGAGCGCUGGCUUCGUAAGUCUUUCAUCAAGAACAUUUGGGAGGAUGUCCAUGAGCUGCGUGGGGAGCUACUUCGCCGAGGGGCUCGCAGUGCGCAGCAAUCUGAGCUUGCAGAGUCAAUGGUGUCCUUCGCUUCUGUGACGCAGCGCAAGCUAAACGAGGACUUCCAGCGUCUGACUCAGCAAAGUGUGCAAGGUCAGUCUCGAAUGUUUGUGGAGCGUGUGCUCGUUGUGAUGUGCUUUUCUAUACUGUUAGUGAAUUUAUGGAAGUCUUUUUUCCGUUGGUGCUUUAAACCCACAUCAAAGAUCCACACUUAAAUAAAGGAUGUGUGCCGACUUGAGGAUCGUUUUUGGGAGUUAUUUGGCCUGUUGUGAUAUUCGAACUGCGUGUGAAUAAAUGGAUUCGACUCGAUGGAGCUUAGACACUUCGUGGAUUUCGAUUCCCUUGGCGUUAUUAUGUUCGCUUAUUUCUUCUUCCUGCUGCCCUCCCACGUGUGCGUCAGAUCUAUCGUUUUUUAAUACUUAUCUUUUCAAAACAACAAAUGUGGAAUGUGAUAAAUAAAUCU